AAUCGCUCGUGGUCGCGGAGCAGGAGGUGGGGGCGAGCUCGCGCGAGAAGGGGGGAAGAAGCUUCUGGUGGUGGUGACCCUCGUCGUCGGAGCCGGCGGAGAGAGACAGAGGAGCGGGGAUCGCUGCGGCAGAAGGGGGAGGCGGUGGAUGGCGGUGGAGUACCACUGCUGCUCGGCGCCCUUCUUCGAGCACAUCGUCAUCAUCAUCGUGCUCGUGCUCUUCGCGGGCCUCAUGUCGGGCCUCACGCUCGGCCUCAUGUCCCUCAGCCUCGUCGACCUCGAGGUCCUCGCCAAGUCCGGCACCGAGCAGGACCGCAAGCACGCAGCUAAGAUUUUGCCUGUUGUGAAGAAUCAGCACCUUCUGCUAUGCACUCUUCUGAUCUGCAAUGCUGCAGCCAUGGAGGCUUUGCCCAUAUUCCUUGAUAGCCUGGUGACUGCUUGGGGCGCGAUUUUGAUCUCAGUGACACUGAUUCUGCUGUUUGGUGAGAUCUUACCGCAGUCCAUUUGCUCACAUUAUGGGCUGGCUAUUGGUGCUUCAGUUGCUCCAUUAGUCCGUGGGCUUGUUUGGAUCUGCUUUCCGGUUGCCUAUCCUAUAAGCAAGCUACUAGACUAUGUGCUGGGUCAUGGUCAGACAGCUCUCUUCCGUAGAGCUGAGCUAAAGACGCUUGUCACUCUGCAUGGAAAUGAGGCAGGUAAAGGUGGAGAGUUAACCCAUGAUGAAACUACUAUAAUUGCUGGAGCUCUUGAACUCACUGAAAAGAAAGCUAAAGAUGCUAUGACACCAUUAUGUCAAACCUUUGCAAUUGAUAUUAAUGCAAAGCUUGACAGGGAACUAAUGCAAGAGGUCCUCGAGAAAGGGCAUAGCAGGGUGCCAGUUUAUUAUGAAAAGAAGAAAAAUAUUAUUGGAUUGAUAUUGGUGAAGAAUUUAUUAUCGGUUAACCCUGAUGACGAGGUUCCUAUCAAAAGUGUAACUGUCCGCAAAAUUCCUCGCGUUUUCGAAGAUAUGCCCCUCUACGACAUCCUAAAUGAAUUUCAGAAAGGCCACAGCCACAUGGCAGUGGUCAUAAGGAAAAACAUUCCCAAUGAACCAGCUGAACAGCCAGCCAAUGAUGGUGGAACUUUUGAGGUGUCCAUUGCUAUUGACGACAAGAAUAACGAAAAGGUCGUGAAGAACCUUCCACCACCACUGCGAAGAUGGAAGAGCUACCCUAACACUCAGAACACGUCAAAUAGAGGGAGCAAGCCUAAGAAAUGGUCCAAAGACCAAUCAGAUGUUCUGCAGAUACAUGAAGAGCCCCUGCCCACGUUGAGUGAAGAUGAAGAGGCUGUUGGUAUCAUAACCAUGGAGGAUGUCAUUGAGGAGCUUCUGCAGGAGGAGAUAUACGACGAGACAGACGUACAUGAGGAGCAAUGACGCAGGCCUUAGCGUCCGCUGUUCUAUAGUUCCCUCGUGAUUCAGAGAAGCAGCUGUUAGAAACGUAAUAUUUGUACUUUUAUGUUAAUAGGUGCUAGUUAGUAGUCUAGUAGAUACAUUGGAAGAUACUUGCUAGGCGUUCAUUGUAGUACCAGGUGGCUGUCUAGGAUAUUGGUAAGAACACUACUUGGACUUUGGAGUGCGUAGCUGAGAGCCGCAGGAUUGCUCUGGUCCUGAAACUGAUGCACCGGGCAUCCUGAUAGGAAACGGAGGCGUUUGAGGCGGCGGUGCCGAUCGGUUCAGAAACCCAAUAAAAGAUUUCAGUUUGUUUA